CAAUGUUGUUUUGUUCUGAUCGAUGACGCUAGGACAUCUUCCCGUGCAAGUGGUUUGCACUGUAGAGGGCGGCUUUCGUCUUGAUGAAGACGCAGAAGGCCCCAUGAUGAGCACAUCGUUGAAGAUGCACAUCAAGAUUCCGGUUCCGGAGCUGGUGCAUGCGUUGGCAAGAUGGCAGGGGGCCAGAGAGAGCAAUCUCAACUCUCAGGAAAGGCAAGCUGCCCGGGAAUGGUCAACUGCCCAGGAAGCUGCCCAGGAAUGGCCAACUGCCCAGGAAGCUGCCCAGGAAUGGUCUGCCCAGGAAUGGCAAGCUGUUACAGGGAACACCAAAGUACAAGACGGUAGCUGGAUCACCGACCCAGAUGCUCUCAUGCAGCGUUCGACGGCCUUGCUGGAGGAGUUGAUGAUGCAACAAGAUGCACGGCCAGCAGCCGAGGAGUUUCCCGAUCAGGCUGAGUUGGAGUGCGCGGAGGACAACGUGUUCUGGGCCGAACAACUUGGGAGCCCACAGAGUGUCAGAUGUCCAAAGCCAGGCCCUUCGCAACUCAGACGGUGGGCUGAAGACAGCUGGAAUGUUGGCUUUUAUGAAGCAGAGGGCGGGAUGACCUUGAUGGAGGAGCUCUCAAUUCAAGUUCUAGCACUCCAAGACAGGAACGGCCGGAACGACACGACUGAAGCGCCCAUGGCAGACGAAGAAGCGGACGUGUCUGAUGUGAACAAGGCCGCGCCAACGCUGCAGAGUUGGCGUCGCCUGAGGCGCAGUGUGGCAACAUCGCUGAUGCAGCAUGGCAUAAGGGCUGCGAUGCCAGCGUGGCAGAAGACGAGCAAGAUGAAGCCCCAGAGAUUGUGGGAACCUUUGCCGGGUGUCCAAUGCAGUAAAGUGGAGUGCACGGAGAACAACGUGUUCUGGGCAGAACAACUUGGGAGCCCACAGAGUCUCAGAUGUCCAAAGCCAAGCCCCUCGCAAUUCAGACGGUGGGCUGAAGACAGCUGGAAUGUUGGCUGUUAUGAAGCAGAGGGCGGGAUGACCUUGAUGGAGGAGCUCUCAAUUCAAGUUCUAGCACUCCAAGACAAGAACGGCCGGAACGACAUGACUGAAGCGUCCUUAGCAGAAGAGGAAGCGGACGUGUCUGAUGUGAACAAGGUUGAGCCAGCGCUGCAGAGGUGGCGUUGCCUCAGGCGCAGAGUGAAUCUGCAAGAAUGGCAGAUGCGGAGAUGGGACCGCACCGGAGGACUGCAAUGAACUUCGGGGCCAGCACAUCGUGAGCAACUGGAGGCUGACUGACGCCGCGCAGUCAGCUGGGAUCAGCUGGGAAUGUGAACUGACGCCAGGUCCCAACAAGUGAAACUCGCAGAUCGCACAUUGCAACGAAGCGAUCCAUGAGAACCUGAACUCGAGUACGCGAAUGUGGCCCUUGGCGACAGGGCGUGCUUGCGAGCUGGAACCAAACAUGUGCAACAUGGUGCUCGAAGGCUUUCACACCCGAAGGAUGCAAUGAGGGAUCCUGUCAUCUCCGAGCAGGCCUUGUGCUCGGAAGGCCAUCGAAAAGAAUCGCCCGGGCUCUUGCGCGCCAAGCGAUCUGCCAAGUCGGUGCCUCAACGUGGGACUCCAAAGCCUUGGAUGCCUAAAGGUUUUGUACUAUCAUCUCCUUGCAGAACUCCGAUGGGUAGCUUCUUAGCUCCCUCCUUACAAGCAAAUUUGGAUACCCCCAGCUCCGGAACGGCCUCCUUCCACCAGCUCGUUUAGACGAUUUAGAUGCAGUUCGACGGCUUGCUGCUAUUCAUUUUCUACAUUCGCCGGCC